UUCUGGUUCUGUAUUUAAACGCGCCAACAAAGGGUCAAGAACAACAAGCUGGCACUCAACGCUGCUAAUUAACUGUUAAACGCUAUUUAAGUAGCUAGUUAAUUCAAUCAAACAAGCUGCCUUUUCCCCGUUUAACUCGUUCUUGUUAGCAUGCCAGAAGAAACAGCAGCCUCGAGCUCAGGAAGGAUGGAAGAAAAGCCCUGUUCAUCAACUGCUGUGCACAGCUCUGUUGACGUCAUGGAGGAAGCAAAAAAGUUGAUUGGCACAGGGAAGCGGCACUUGGUGAUGGGAGACGUGGUAUCCGCUGUAAACGUUUUCCAGGAGGCUUGUGGCAUGCUGGCUGAGAGGUAUGGAGACACAGCUGACGAGUGUGGAGAAGUGUUCUUCCUUUGUGGAAAGUCCCUCCUUGAGCUUGCCAGAAUGGAGAACACUGUUCUGGGCAACGCUCUGGAGGGAGUUCCAGAAGAGUCUUCGGAGGAGGCGGAGAAGCAGGAAAACCAGGACAACCCCAAGUUCGAGAGCGCAGACAACCUUGACGAGCAAACCAGAGACGAGCUUCGAAUGCAGGUUUAUGAUGCCAUGGCAGCAAAAGAUGCUUGUGGCACCGAAGCCAAGAUUGAGGCUGUAAAAGGGGAGGAUGAAAUGGAGACUGAGGAAGAGGGUGCUGCUGAAUCCACGGCCAAAAAUGAGCUUCAGCCUUCUGAACCUCCUGUUGACGAGGUGAAGACUCCCUCCUCUUCUGGAGAAGGACCUGUGAAGUCUGAUUCUGCCAUGGUUGCCUUGGAGAAGAGUCCUGGAGCUGUGCAGUCUGAUUCUGCUGUGAACAAGGCAGAGAAGAGUCCAUCCUCUACUGGAGCGAAGCCUUUGAAGUCUGACUCUCCUGUGAUUGGCUCAGAGAAGAAGUCUGAUUCUGCCAUGGUCGCCUUGGAGAAGACUCCUGGAGCUGUGAAGUCUGACUCUCCUGUGAUUGCUUCAGAGAAGAAGUCUGACUCUCCUGUGAUUGCUUCAGAGAAGAAGUCUGACUCUCCUGUGAUUGGCUCAGAGAAGAAGUCUUCUCCUGUGAACAAGGAAGUAAAGAGUCCGUCUCUCGCAGAGGGGGCGUCGAAGCCUGACUCUCACAUGAUGGGGGUGGAGAAGAGUCCUGGAAAGGGAGCUGUGAAGUCUGAUCCUCCUGCGAGCAGGGCGGAGACAAGUCCAUCUCCUGAACAGGGGGUUCUGAAGAAGUCCGACUCUCCCAUGAUUGGCUUAGAGAAGAGUCCUGUGAAGAAGGCAGACACUCCUGUGAACGGGGUGGAGAAGCACCCUCCCUCUCCUGGAGAGGGAGCUGAGAAGGAGCCUGGUGUGGAUGCUGCUCCUCAGCAGAGGGAGAAUGGGGGAGGCCUUGACCCUGAGCACCAGGAGGAGAAGAUGGAUGAGGAGGAGAUGGAUGAGGGGGAAGGUGGCGAUGACGAGGAGGAGGAGGAGGAGGAGGAUGAUGAAGAUGAUGAGGGUAAUGCUGAAGACAAGGGUGCUGAGGAGGAAGAGGUGGGGAACUUGCAGUUGGCUUGGGAGAUGUUGGAAGUUGCCAAGGUCAUCUUUAAAAGAAAGGAAGGCGAAGAGGAUCAGCUUAUGGCUGCACAGGCUUAUCUGAAGCUGGGCGAAGUUAGUGCAGAAUCCGGUAACUACCCCCAGGCCCUGGAGGACUUCCAGGACUGCUUGACCCUCCAGCUGAAGCACCUCCCUCCCCACAACCGCCUGCUGGCCGAGACCCACUACCAGCUGGGCAUGACCCUCUGCUACACGGGCCACUACAACCAGGCCAUCCAGCACUACGGCAGCUCCAUCAAGGUCAUCGAGGGCCGCCUGGUCAUGCUACAGGAGGCGAUCGACAAGGCGGCCGGGGAGGACGGCGCCAAGGAGGAGAGGAGCGAGCUGGACGAGCUCAAACAGCUGCUUCCGGACAUCGCCGAGAAGGUGGAGGAUGCCAAGGAGAGCCAGAGGACGUCCAGCUCCGCCUCCCAGGCCAUCCAGCAGACCCUGGGUGGAGCCUCUACUUCAUCAGCAUUCCCAGGUGAAAAUGGAGGUCCGUCCUCUUCAGCGUUCGCACCUAGCCAGAUCGCCACCAGGCCAGCUGAGAGCGCAUCGUCCUCCACCUCCGUGUCCGACAUCUCCCACCUGGUCAGGAAAAAGAGGAAACCAGAAGAGGACAGCCCAAAAAAGGACACUGAUGCUAAAAAGGCCAAACAGGAAACCACAGUUAAUGGCAGCGGAGACUCCGCCAGCAACGGCAAGGGGGUCCCAGGGAAAGAGGCACAGGAGCCUGCAAAAUCAUCUGCCUCUGUCCAGUCUUCGGCGUGAUGCCGCUUCCUGAUCUUCCAGCCAGCAGAGCAUGUCGACUCCCUCCCUCUCUUCCCAUUGAACACUUUUUUUGUAAAUAAGAACCAUUUUCACGACUUGUGUGUGCUGUUUUUGUAUACUUGUAGUAAAAAAAUUAAAAAUCAAUAAAGAGUAUUUGCAAACUU